UGAAAAGACCCCCUUAACUUGGAAGAGGCAGGAAAGCAGCAGCCCAGGAGGAGAAGAAGACGCAGGAGUCGAAAGAGGGGGCAGGGGUGGAAAGAGAGUGGAAGGAGGGAGAGAACGAGAGAGCGAGCAAAAAAAGAGAGAGACGUCUGGAAAAUAUUAUCCAGCCGCUGCUCCGGCUUGCCCGGGCUGCUGAGAUAGAAGCUUCAUUCAGCCCGGACCAAAGAGACUUUUCUUACCGAUGCAACGCCUAGUGCAACUUUUGUGCAACUUUGGCGGGCGCCUGCAGAAGCCGCCCGGAGCGCCGUCGCCAGCCGCCAGCCCCCCGGUUGCAUUUCGGGAGGCUGUCGCUGCGCCUGCAAGCAACCGGGAUCCCGCCGCUUAGGGCCACCGGCGUCCCAGGUGGGGGGCGAGCCAGCCCGCCCCUCUUUGCAUGGGGCCGCUGGGGUCCUUGCCCUGCCCCAGUCCUGCCGCCAGCGUGAUCCGUGGCCGCUCCGGCCAGGCGACCGAGCCCAGACGCGCCUGUUGAAGCCCCUGGAUGAGCGGACGGACGGACGGGCUGCAAAAUGCAUUGCGAGAGAUUUAUAUGCAUUUUGAGAAUACUCGGAACCACGCUGUUUGGGGUGUCCCUUCUGCUCGGCAUCUCGGCUGCUUACAUUGUGGGCUACCAGUUCAUCCAAACGGACAACUAUUAUUUCUCGUUCGGACUCUACGGUGCUAUCCUGGCAUCGCACCUCAUCAUCCAAAGCCUGUUUGCCUUUCUCGAGCACCGGAAGAUGAAGCGCUCCCUCGAGACGCCCAUCAAGCUGAACAAAACGGUGGCCCUGUGCAUUGCUGCCUAUCAGGAGGACCCCGACUACUUAAGGAAAUGUUUACUGUCAGUGAAAAGGCUGACCUAUCCUGGAAUUAAAGUGAUUAUGGUGAUUGAUGGGAAUUCGGAAGACGAUGUUUACAUGAUGGACAUUUUCAGCGAAAUCAUGGGCAGAGACAGAUCUGCCACGUACAUCUGGAGGAAUAACUUUCAUCACAAAGGUCCGGAGGAGACCGACGAGUCCCACCGGGACAGCAUGCAGCACGUCACCCAACUGGUGCUGUCCAACAAAAGUGUUUGCAUCAUGCAGAAAUGGGGCGGAAAAAGAGAAGUUAUGUACACGGCGUUCAAAGCACUGGGGAGAAGCGUGGAUUAUGUGCAGGUUUGUGAUUCCGAUACAAUGCUCGAUCCAGCAUCAUCGGUGGAAAUGGUGAAAGUGUUGGAAGAAGACCCAAUGGUUGGUGGUGUUGGAGGAGACGUGCAGAUACUGAACAAGUACGACUCGUGGAUCUCCUUUCUCAGCAGCGUGAGAUACUGGAUGGCGUUUAACAUUGAAAGAGCAUGCCAGUCCUAUUUCGGCUGUGUGCAGUGCAUCAGCGGACCUUUGGGGAUGUACAGGAACUCCUUGCUCCAUGAGUUUGUAGAGGAUUGGUACAAUCAGGAGUUCAUGGGGUCUCAGUGUAGCUUCGGAGACGACCGGCAUCUCACAAACCGAGUCCUGAGCCUCGGCUAUGCAACGAAAUACACGGCUCGAUCCAAGUGCCUUACGGAGACGCCGAUAGAAUAUCUCAGGUGGUUGAACCAACAGACCCGCUGGAGUAAGUCCUACUUCCGAGAGUGGCUGUACAAUGCUAUGUGGUUCCAUAAGCAUCACUUGUGGAUGACUUACGAGGCGGUCAUCACGGGCUUCUUCCCAUUUUUCCUGAUUGCCACUGUAAUUCAGCUUUUCUAUCGAGGGAAGUUGUGGAACAUCCUUCUCUUCUUGCUGACCGUUCAGCUUGUGGGUCUUAUAAAGUCUUCCUUUGCCAGCUGCCUUCGAGGGAACGUGGUCAUGGUGUUCAUGUCCCUUUACUCAGUGUUGUACAUGUCAAGUUUACUUCCGGCCAAGAUGUUUGCAAUAGCCACCAUAAACAAGGCCGGGUGGGGCACGUCGGGCAGGAAAACCAUUGUGGUCAACUUCAUCGGCUUGAUCCCAGUGUCCAUUUGGUUUACAAUCCUCUUAGGCGGGGUGAUCUUCACAAUCUACAAGGAAUCCAAAAAGCCAUUUUCUGAAUCGAAACAGACCGUGUUGAUCAUCGGCACGAUACUCUACGCGUGCUACUGGGUGAUGCUCUUGACUUUGUACUUGGUGCUCAUCACCAAGUGCGGCCGGAGGAAGAAAGAGCAACAGUACGACAUGGUACUUGACGUAUGAUUCGACUACUGUUUCUUUUAUCCCGCUGCCCGCGGGAGGUUUUCCGAGUGACCCGACGAACCUUCUAGCGAUUGUGGCACUGAAAUUAAGAUCUCCUCGAAGUAAAAGGAUCGCUGCUGCUGGGACUUGAACACGUGAUAGAUUUCAUGACCAUGCCAAAGCAAAACAAAAAACAAAAACGAGAAAAACAAUUAAAAUGUGAUUGUGCCUUUUUUUUUUUUUUUGGAAAAUUUGUUUUACAUGGAUUCAACCCAUUGUUGUGGGUGGUCUCUGAUGAUGCACUUUUCUUCUGUUGUGCAUACACCCAAAAGUGUUAAUGUCCUAUAUACCUCAUUGGCCAUGCUCAUGUGGAUGGACAGGGAAGAAAGGGAGUCUCGAGCAAAGGAUUUGGCAAACCCUUGCGACCUAAUUUAUGAACUUCUCAUUCUGUGAUAUUUUUUUUUCUAGGAAGGUUGUAUGCGUGUGUGCUUGUGCGCGAGUGUGUUUGUCUGCGUUUAUGCAUUAGGCUGCCAAAUGUAAUUCCAAAGUCAAAUUUUAUGAGGUUUUGCUGUCUAAGUUGUAUUUUUAUAAUUGUAAUUAUUUUGUCUUUGUUUACUUUUUACACCAUUUUUUUUAAAAAAUCUCAUAUUUUAUAUUUUAUAUUUCUGCCAAAAAAAAAAAGUACACAUCUCCAUCCCCCUGCCACUCUUUACAUUUUCUUCUAUUUUCUAAAUAGGCAUUGAAGAACUCCUAACUUUUCCAAACUAAAGAAACAAACCCCCGUCAACCCCACAAUGUGAACAUGGAUGCUGAUUUGUUGUUAUUAUUAUUAUUUUCUCACAAUGCAAAAGAAUAAAAUGUCUUCUGUACUUUUCAGCUGAUGAAUGGUUAUUUCUGUGAAAGUAUUUAAAAUGUGCGCUUUUGGUUUCAGUUUGUAUUUGAAAAAUAUCCAAUGCCAUUGUUAACUUUCAGAGACAAACCCUGUUAUGUGUAUAAACAGCACAACCCCCCCAAUAGUUUUCAUACACUGACUUUGGCCCCUUUUGCACAGGCAGAACGCACUUUCAAUCCACUUUCACAAGUGUUUGCAAGUAGAUGUUGAUAUUCCACACAGCUUCCAAGUGCAUUGUAAGUGGAUUGAAAGUGCAUUAUUCCGCAUGUGCAGAAGAGACCUUUGUCAAAGUGAACGGGAAACAGUGUGUAGGUGUUUGCGCUUAGUUCCCAGACUUGUCAGUGCUCAGGAGAACGUCUAUGAGGAAUAUGCCCAUAAAGGCCAAAGGGAUAAUUACGUGCAAUCCUCCCCAACCCUCCCUGAAAUUUGGUAGGAGAGAGCAUAAAUUUUGGCAGACACUGCGCAGCUGAGGAGUAAACAUAGGCCUUAAUAGCCAUUAUAUUAAGAACCUGAGUGUUUUCCGUUUUUAUUGAAGAGUCGUCCAGUAUUCAUCUUUCUUCAACAAAACGUUGACUUUCCCUUAGGGUUGCCAAGUUUUGGGUGGGGUCUUGAAAUCUCCUGGAAUACAACAGAUCUCCAGACUCCAGAGAUCAGUCUCUCUGGAGAAAAUGGCAGCUUUUUUGAGGGGUAGACUGUCGUGCAUCAUAUCCUGGCUGGGCUCUCCCCCCGCCCACCUUUCCCCACACUCUGUCCUCCCCAGACUCCGCUCCCAAAUCUCCAGAAAUUUACCAACCCAGAGUUGGCAACCCUACUUCCCCUCUUUCUUGAGCUCCAUUGUAGAGUAACAUUUUUGGUUUCCAUUUUCAAAACCUUGUGAGUUUGAGUGAAAUCCUGAAUGCGGUAACAGGUUUCAUUGGAUGACAGAGGUUAGCUUUAGGACUACUUCUUCGUCCACAGAUCUAAAGUGGAUACUGCAAGUUACUCCUUUGACAGUGAAGAGUAGUGUUUACAUUCUAAAAUGAAGCGGUCCUAGAGUUCCAUCUUACUAGAUGUUCAGCAAUAUGAGUCUUUUCCCUGGUUAAUUUAAAUAUUGUGGCCUUAUUGUUAUAGCAGGGGUGAGGAACAAUACAUGCUCAAAAACACUCUUUUUUAUAACUUCCCGUGUUCCUACAAAAAUCGGUUUCCGCAUCCAGUCCUGUGGGCAAGUCACUUCUUUAUGUUCAUGCCACUGAAGUGAAUGGGGAAACCUUUGCAAAUGGAGUGAACUCUACCUGUGUAUAAGACUCGUGGAACAGCAUGUUCAGUAAUCCCAGGGAACUACCCUGUUUCCCCUAAUAUAAGACAUCCCCGAAAAAUAAGACAUAGUAGAGGUUUUGCUGAAGUGCGAAAUAUAAGGCAUCCCCCAAAAGUAAGACAUAGCAAAGUUUUUGUUUGGAAGCAUGCCCGACAAACAGAACACAGGAAAAAUAAGACAUCCCCUGAAAAUAAGACAUAGCACAUCUCUGGGAGCAAAAAUUAAUAUAAGACACUGUCUUAUAUUCGGGGAAACACGGUAACGACAUCAUUUCCUGUCCUCUUGAAUCAAAUUGGCAAUGUCCAGCUCUGGCUACGAACUUGGUGAUGGCUGGAGACUUCCCAUUACUAUCUCUGAUCUCCAGGGAACAGAGAUCAGUUCACCUGAAGAAAAUGCCCACUUUGGAAGGUGGACUUUAUGGCAUUAUACCCCUCUUAAAAGCCUGCCCUCCUCAGGUUCGACUCUCAAAUUCUCCAGGUAUUUCCCAACCCAGAGCUGGCAACCCUACUACAAAUCUUUUCCGUCACCACACAGGUUUUGUUCUUUUGAGAUUUUUGCUUGGCUUUCCAGAUAGGGUACUAACUUUGCAGUCAGAAGACAAGCAAUAGGUCUGCAUCGGUAACGCACAUUGCUGCAGAGGAAGGCAGCUUCAGAGAGGGUAAAAUAUUUUGCAUGAGGAGAGAGAAUCAAGAGGAAUCAAAAAUAAAAGGGGGCAGGCUACCACUGGAAGAUCAGAGAUGGGCAUUCACUUUAUGAAUGCUCAGCAUUGGCAAAGCAACUAAAUAUGGCCGUGAGCAGCUCAGUUGCCUAGCAACCAAGAAAUCAUUGGCAGCCUAGAACAAGGACCAGGAUUUAAGAAGGAGAAAAGAGAGAGGAAAAAAACUUGUUGGGUGGAAUGGUAAUAUCUUUGCUUCUGGAGAGGUUUUAUAUGUAUGUCACACAGUGGGAAUUACUACAGUUCUGUAUUAUAGCAACCCAUUUUAUCACUAUUGUCUGCUGACACUGUUUGGCAGAUAGGUGACCUAUUUAUAUGUAUAAGCCAAAAUGUAUUUUUUCUUCAGGAAAGCAAAAAAUGAACAUUUUGGGCCCAGAUCCUGCAGAGCUAAAGGGAAGUAGCACAGCAGUGUUAUCCUAAGUAGAGUUACAACCUGCUAAUUCCAUUAAUAUGCUCCGAUGGGUGUAACUCUAUUUAGAACUGCACUAAUCCCUAAAAAUACUUACCGAGUAGUAACAUACACAAAAUCUAGGGCCUUUUGGAUUCUUGCAUUAAAAACCACUGUGGUAAAUCAGAAGUCCGCCUGACAUUUAAAAGCAUCUGGGGGAUCUCUUUACUUUCUUAGAAUGCAGAAAUGAGUUAGAUAUCCCUGCUGUAUAAUGUGUAACACAUCUACUACCGUUUACUCCCUGAGAAAGUGGAGGUAACGCAUUUGCCUGCAUACUGACCUUGAUGUAUGUUCACAAAUGGGAGGGAAAAACAGACCUUCAGUCCAUUUUGAUAACCAAAUGGAUCAGUAUUAAACUUUCAAAAUCAAAAGACACAAAUGGGAAAAGAAAGAAACUUGACUUUGCCUUUUAACUAUUUAUAUUGUAUAAGUUAAAGCUUUGGGGGUAAUGCCAUGUCAAGUGUCAAAAUGAAAUCCCCACAUUCUAUAAAAGAUUGAAUCAAUUGCCUGUAUUUAUUCUAGCAAUUAUUCAAUGCAUUUCAAGUAUAGGUUGUUUAGUACGAUUGUUACUUUCAUAAAUAAAAUAUUUUUUAUAAGA